AUGAGAGCUUUGGCCAUUACAAGAAACAAUAUGACCAACUUAUUUGAUAUAAUGUGCACACAGUUAUCAUGCAUUCCAAAUACCAGUAGAAAUACAGGUAUAUCUGUAAACCUGGACCUGAUAGCAACGAAUCCAAGGCAAAACCGAACUACUCUUAAUAGGAGAACUGGUUACAAUCUGAAAGUGAACUGCUUCUCAUCAACAUCUCGUCUGCGAUCCUUUCUCUUAAAGUACGCGACGCAGGUCCAUUAUUUCCUCCGAAUGCCGGCCCUGGAACACGUGAGGCGGCUGGCUGCAGGGACAACGCACAAGAACACAAUGUGGAAGAAGGUGUUAGUAGCGUUGGCGGCGGUGUUGGCGGCGGACGCCCUCAAGGUCGAGGAGGCCGAGGUUCAGCGUGUGCCUCGCCAAAGCGGCGGUUACGCGUAUCAGCAACCGGUCGGAGGCCAGGCCGUACUCGGAUCCGGGACUGGAGGAGCAACUGGGGGCCAAGCCGCGCUAGGAUCUGGGACUGGAGGAGCAACUGGAGGCCAGGCUGCACUCGGAGCUGGGGCAGCAGCUGCGGCGGCAGCAGCUGCAAGCGCUGGAGCUGGGGCAGCAGCUGCAGGCGCUGGAGCCGGGGCAGGAGCAUCUGGUGGCCAGGCCGCACUCGGGACAGGAGUGGGAGGACAAGCAGCGCUCGGCGCCGGUGGGGCCGUCACCCCAUGGCCACCUCUUAUGCCCUACCAAUUCGCUUAUGAAGUUAAGGACGACGCAACCACCAAUUACCAUAACCGAGUUGAAUUUGUCGAAAAUGGAGUUCUUCAGGGAAGUUUCAGCCUUCUUUCCUCAGACGGCGUUGUGCGCACCUACAUCUAUUCUGACGAUGGCACUUCUGGAUUUAAGGUUACCUCCCACGAGAUCCCGACAGACAUCGUUGUAGCUGGAUCGGGCUUGCCAGGAGACCCUAAGGCUGCUGGUGGUGCAGGCGCUAGUGCUGGUGCUAGUGCCUCUGCAAGCGCAUCGGCCGGAGCAAGUGGAGGUGCAGGCGCUGCCGGAGCUGCUUCUGCUGCUGGUGCAGCUGGAUCAGCAGGUUUUGGAGCAGGUGCUGCAGCAGCUGGCGCAGCAGGAUCAGCAGGAUUCGGAGCCGGUGGAGCGGCAGCUGGCGCAGCUGGAUCAGCAGGAUUUGGGUCCGGUGGAGCAGGAGGAUUCGGAGCCGGUGGAGCAGCAGCUGGUGCAGCUGGAUCAGCAGGAUUCGGAGCUGGUGGAGCCGGUGGAGCGGCAGCUGGCGCAGCUGGAUCAGCAGGUUUCGGAGCUGGUGGAGCCGGUGGAGCAGCAGCUGGCGCAGCUGGAUCAGCAGGAUUUGGGUCCGGUGGAGCAGGUGGAUUCGGAGCCGGUGGAGCAGCAGCUGGUGCAGCUGGAUCAGCAGGAUUCGGAGCUGGUGGAGCCGGUGGAGCGGCAGCUGGCGCAGCUGGAUCAGCAGGUUUCGGAGCUGGCGGAGCCGGUGGAGCAGCAGCUGGUGCAGCUGGAUCAGCAGGAUUUGGGGCCGGUGGAGCAGGAGGAUUCGGAGCCGGUGGAGCGGCAGCUGGCGCAGCUGGAUCAGCAGGUUUCGGAGCUGGUGGAGCCGGUGGAGCGGCAGCUGGCGCAGCUGGGUCAGCAGGUUUCGGAGCCGGUGGAGCGGCAGCUGGCGCAGCUGGAUCAGCAGGAUUCGGAGCUGGUGGAGCCGGUGGAGCGGCAGCUGGCGCAGCUGGAUCAGCAGGAUUUGGUGCCGGUGGAGCAGCAGCUGGUGCAGCUGGAUCAGCAGGAUUCGGAGCCGGUGGAGCCGCAGCUGGCGCAGCUGGAUCAGCAGGUUUCGGAGCUGGUGGAGCCGGUGGAGCGGCAGCUGGCGCAGCUGGAUCAGCAGGAUUUGGUGCCGGUGGAGCAGCAGCUGGUGCAGCUGGAUCAGCAGGAUUCGGAGCCGGUGGAGCCGCAGCUGGCGCAGCUGGAUCAGCAGGAUUUGGGGCCGGUGGAGCAGCAGCUGGUGCAGCUGGAUCAGCAGGAUUCGGAGCCGGUGGAGCAGCAGCUGGCGCAGCUGGAUCAGCAGGAUUUGGGUCCGGUGGAGCAGGAGGAUUUGGGGCCGGUGGAGCAGGAGGAUUUGGGGCCGGUGGAGCAGCAGCUGGUGCAGCUGGAUCAGCAGGAUUCGGAGCCGGUGGAGCAGCAGCUGGAUCAGCAGGAUUUGGUGCCGGUGGAGCAGCAGCUGGUGCAGCUGGAUCAGCAGGAUUCGGAGCCGGUGGAGCGGCAGCUGGAUCACCAGGAUUUGGGGCCGGUGGAGCAGCAGCUGGCGCAGCUGGAUCAGUAGGGUUUGGAACUGGUGGGGCAGCAGCUGGUGGAGCCUCUGGAUUUGGAGUUGGUGGAGUGGGAAGUGCCGCAGCUGGUUCAUCUGGUUUUGGAGCUGGAGCAGCAGGUGCUGGUUUCGGAAGUGGAGGAGCUACAGUGUCCUCAGGAACUGGAUCUGGUGCCACAUUAUUAACAAGCUUUGGUCCAGGUGCAGCUGGUGCUGUUGGAACAUUUGGUAGCGGUGCCCCUAAUGUUCCCGUAUUUGUGGUACAUCCCAAUCUCGUUGGAGGGGCCGGCGCAACCCAUACAACGACAGGCACUUUUGGCCAGCCAAGUUUUGCUGCUCUUGUAAGUGGCCCUGGACAGGCUGGAGGAGCAUCUGUUAGCACCCACAGUGCUGCUGGACAAUCUGGCCAGCCCACAUCUUUCUUCAUCCUCGGAGGAACAGGAGGUGCGGGAUUAGGUGCUGGUGCUGCAACUGGAGCUGGGGGAGCUGGUGCUGCAGCAGCUAGUGCUGCUGGAUCAGCUGGAUUUGGAGCUGGUGGAGCCGGAUCUUCUGGCUUUGGAGCUGGUGGAGCAGGUGCUGCAUCAGCCAGUGCAGCUGGGUCAGCUGGUUUUGGAGCUGGUGGAGCCGGAUCUUCUGGCUUUGGAGCUGGUGGAGCUGGAUCUUCUGGCUUUGGAGCUGGUGGAGCAGGUGCUGCAUCAGCCAGUGCAGCUGGGUCAGCUGGAUUUGGAGCUGGUGGAGCUGGAUCAUCCGGUUUUGGAGCUGGUGGAGCUGGAUCAGCUGGUUUUGGAGCUGGUGGAGCCGGAUCUUCUGGCUUUGGAGCUGGAUUUGGAGCUGGUGGAGCUGGAUCAUCCGGUUUUGGAGCUGGUGGAGCUGGAUCAUCCGGUUUUGGAGCUGGUGGAGCUGGAUCAGCUGGUUUUGGAGCUGGUGGGGCAGGUGCUGCAUCAGCCAGUGCAGCUGGUUCGGCUGGUUUUGGAGCUGGAUCUACAGGCUUUGGAACAGGUGGUUUUGGUACCGGAGGUGCAGCAGCAAGUGCCUCUGGAGCUGCUUCUGCUGGAACAUCUGGAUUUACUAGCAUCGGAUUUCCCACUGCAUCGGCCCUCACCAGCACCCAAGGCUCUGCAUCUGCUGGAUCAACUACAGGAUUUACUACAGGCGGCGGAAGUUCUACCGUGUCAUUCUCUAGUGGGGCUCCAGUAGCUGCUGCCCUCACAAGUACGCCUCAUGGUUCUACUUCUGCAGCUUCUGCUGCUUCGUCUGCAGCAUCAGCAGGUUCCACUGGUGCAGGAUUUGGCGCAAGUGGAGCAAGUGCUGCUGCUGCAGGUUCUGCAGGUGCUAAUAUUGGGCAGAUUUUUUCAGCUCACACAGCUAGAGCUCUCCAGUCAGUACAUUCAGCAGCUCAAGCUUCUUCCAGCCCAACAGCAUCAGCUCUUGUAUCUUCACCUAUUGGCAUAACAAACCGCCAAGGUGCCUCAGCUGCUGCUAGUGCUGCUUCAAGUGCUGCUUCAGGUGCCGCUUCAGGUGCUGCUUCAAGUGCUGCUGCAGGUGCUGCUUCAAGUUCUGCCUCAGGUGCUGCUUCAAGUUCUGCGUCAGGUGCUGCUUCAAGUAUUGGCUCAAGAUUUUUAGGUGCAGGUAGUGCAGGUGCUCCUGCAUCAGUAACAAUAAUAAACCGAGGUGCACAAUCUGCAGGUGCAGCCUCAGGGGCAGCUUCAGCCUCAAGUGGAGGAGCAGGUUCAUUUGGCCCAUCUUUCACGGUUUUCUCACCUGGCAGUGGUGGAGCUUCAGCAGCUUCUGCAUCUGGUGCCGGUGCAACAUUUGGCACCCAGUCUUCAGGUGCAGCAUCAGGAGCAGCUUCAGCCUCAAGUGCAGGAGCAGGCUCAUUUGGCCCAUCUUUCACAGUUUUUUCUCCUGGUAGCAGUGGCGCUGCAGCCGCUUCUGCAUCUGGCUCUGGCUCAACGUUUGGCACAAGUGGUAUUCAGGCAGUUCCAGUAUUUCUCCUGAAUCAGCAAUCAUUAGGAAACUUUGCCCCCACUGGCGGAGCACAAUUCUUCACCACUGGUGAUGCUGGAGCACCCUUCACAACAACUGUAUUCAACAGUGGUCCAUCACAAGGAAACCCUUCAAUUGGUGCUGCUAUUACUGUGGGUAGCAGUUCACCGGUGAUUGCCAGCUCCCAAGGUGGUAACGUCCUGGGAACGACGAGACACCAGACAGAUCUUCAAGGCCACAGCAUCUUCGUCAACAAUCCCACUUCUUUCGCUCAAGUUCACACCAAACCAGCAGGCAGCGCAGGAAACGCUCUUCCUGGUUCUCAUGUUAAGUCGCAAGGCUAGGACAAACAUCUGAUAAGAAUGCAUCGUAUAGCUUUUCAAAAAUAUAUUUCAUUGUUGCGGAAGUAGGGAGUGGCUUUAAAUAGAAUGCGUGUUUAUAAGAGAAAUAUAUUGAAUGCGUUGUUUUUGUUAUCGUAUAUAGUGCUAUUAUGUAAUAUAUCUCUAUUAGUCUGUUAAUCAGUUUUAUGUGAAUGUGAAUUUUAUGUGUAUAUAGAAAUAUAUAAAUGAAAUAAGCAA